AUCCCCCCAAAAAAUACAGAAUUUAUUCAUUCUGUUAUACUCCUAUGUCUCAAGUCUCAACCCACCUCCUUGUCUCAAUCCCUCUAAAAAAGUGCCUUUUCUUUUCACACUUCCCACCAUCUUCUUCAUUCUUCACCUUCCAUUCUUCUUCUAGAAACUGCACCUUCUUCCUGAAGCUCAACAAAAAUGGCGACACUUUCAGAUAUAGGCGUUUCAGCAUUCAUAAACAUACUUACUGCUUUUGCUUUCUUACUUGCAUUUGCACUUCUCAGAAUUCAACCCAUUAAUGAUAGAGUUUACUUCCCUAAAUGGUACUUUAAAGGCCAAAGAAAAGACCCUGCUUCUACUAACUUUGUGGGUAAAUUUGUUAAUCUUGAUUUUAAAACUUAUUUCACUUUCCUUAAUUGGAUGCCUCAAGCUCUUCAAAUGUCUGAAAAUCAACUCAUUCAACAUGCUGGCCUUGAUUCUGUCGCUUUUCUCCGCAUUUACCUUCUUGGCUUGAAGAUUUUCAUCCCCAUGAUGGUUUUAGCUCUUCUUGUACUGAUACCGGUCAAUGUUUCUGGUGGAACAUUGUUUUUCCUACGGAAAGAACUGGUUUUGAGUGAUAUUGACAAACUUUCAAUAUCAAAUGUUCCUCCUGAAUCAUAUAGGUUCUUUGUGCAUAUUGCAAUGCAAUAUCUGUUUACAUUUUGGACAUGUUUCAUGCUUUACAAGGAGUAUGAUACAGUUGCAUCGAUGAGAUUACAAUUUUUGGCUUCCGAGCAAAAACGUGUUGAGCAAUACACAGUAUUAGUCAGGAAUGUGCCACAUGUCUCAGGGCGCUCAAUCUCAGAUUCUGUUGAUACAUUCUUCAAGAAAAAUCAUCGGAAUACCUACCUUUGUCACCAGGCUGUUUACAAUGCGAACAAAUUUGCCAAACUUGUAAGGCAAAGGGAUAAAAUCCAGAAUUGGUUGGACUAUAACCAACUUAAAUUCGAAAGAAAGCCAGACAAAAGGCCCACAACUAAGACGGGAUUUCUUGGUCUUUGGGGUGAAAGAGUUGAUGCCAUUGACUACUACAAAGAACAACUCAAGCAGCUAGAGAAAAGAAUGACGAUGGAGCGUCAGAGAGUUCUCCAGGACCAAAAGGCAAUCCUUCCGGUUGCCUUUGUUUCUUUCAAUUCACGGUGGGGUACAGCUGUAUGUGCACAGACACAACAAAGUAGAAAUCCUACAUUAUGGUUGACAAGUUGGGCACCCGAGCCUCGCGAUGUUUAUUGGCGCAACCUUGCCUUACCAUUUGUUUCUCUCACUAUUCGAAAAUUUUUGAUCGGGAUUGCUGUCUUUGCCUUGGUGUUUUUCUACAUGAUACCCAUUGCUUUUGUGCAAUCUCUUGCAAAUCUAGAAGCUUUGGAGAGAGUUGCUCCUUUUUUGAGACCUGUCAUCGAAAUGAAAAUUAUCAAGUCCUUUCUACAGGGUUUCCUUCCGGGUCUAGCACUUAAAAUAUUCUUAUGGGCUCUUCCCGUUCUUUUGAUGUUUAUGUCUAAGAUUGAAGGACAUGUGGCCUUCUCUAAACUAGAGCGUAGAGCUGCGGCAAAGUACUAUUAUUUCAUGUUGGUGAAUGUAUUUCUAGGAAGCAUAGUUACCGGAACCGCUUUUGGUCAACUUGAUGCUUUCCUCCACCAACCACCUUCCCAGAUUCCGAGAAAUAUCGGUGUAUCAAUACCAAUGAAGGCUACCUUUUUCAUUACAUAUAUAAUGGUGGAUGGUUGGGCUGGUAUUGCAAGCGAAAUUCUCAGAUUAAAGCCACUCGUCAUUUUCCAUUUGAAAAACAUGUUUGUAGUGAAAACCGAGCGAGAUAGAGACCGAGCUAUGGAUCCUGGAAGUGUUGAUUAUCCCGAGACUCUCCCGAGCUUGCAGCUUUAUUUCCUUCUUGGGGUUGUCUACGCCGUAGUUACUCCAAUACUUCUGCCUUUCAUUAUCGUGUUCUUUUUCUUUGCUUUCCUUGUCUAUCGUCAUCAGAUCAUCAAUGUGUAUAAUCAAAGGUACGAAAGUGCGGCUGCGUUUUGGCCACAUGUUCACAGCCGAAUCAUUGCAAGCCUUUUGAUAUCACAAUUGCUUUUGAUGGGACUUCUUAGUACAAAGAAAGCUCUUAAUUCUACUCCAUUUCUUAUCGCUCUACCGGCACUAACCUUUGCAUUUCAUAAGUACUGCAAAAGUCGUUUUGAGCCUGCAUUCAAUCGAUAUCCUCUCGAGGAAGCGACAGAAAGGGAUGAGCAAGAGCACACAGAAGGAGCCGACCAAAACCUAAAACCCUACCUUGCCGAUGCUUAUUUGCACCCAAUCUUCCACUCGUUUGAGGAAGUCGAGUUUGAGGAAGUGAAAGUCGAUGCUGUUCAUGUUGACAAACACCAUGCACAAAUCUCGAGCCCGCCAGCUCAAGUUGAAGAAAUAUCCUCUUCUUCUCCCCCACACCCGCCUCAGUAUUACAGUUACGAGCAUGAUUUCCAUUCUUAUAAUUAUUACCAUCAUCACGAGGCACAAUCCUCGCAUUAUGAGCAUUAUUAUCAUGGUUAACCUUCUUUCUGCUUUACCUAGUGCGUAUUAACCAUCGGAUAUGUAGUAGUUAUUAGCUAGACACUAAAAGUAUAAUCGGGUCUGACCGAGUUAGGAAAAGUCUCAGUCUUAGCUUCACCAAUUGAACAGGAUAGAAGUCGAGAGAGAUAUAGAUCUGAGUUCACCUGUUUACAGAAACCGAAAAGGUAUUUUGUUACUAAUCAUGAAACAUUGCAGAACCAUGCUUCCAUACCUAGAGUCGGACCAGCUUAAAGCCGCUUAGGCCCGCAAUUAAGCCCGACCAUCAUGUAUAGGGUCUAACCCAUUAUGUAGCUAUCAUGACUCAUGAGUAGUGUCUAUGCUUCUUAGUUCUUACUACAAUUUAUAACUCCAAUUAUUGAUCGUGUAUAUUGGUUUUAUGAUUAUUUACUUAUAAUAUAAUUGAUUUUUGUUUAA